CAUCCAAACUUUGUUUAUCAGGUCGACACCAUGUGUCUUAGUCCCAGUAUAGGUCUUUGAAACUUUAAUAAUGGUAGCCUUCAGGAAUACACUGCUUCGUUUAGCUCAGUUGCGAAAAUUAAUAAUGGUGAAUUCCAGAACAUAUUCUAGUAACAAUAAGUCUGACAUUAACUAUGAGAUUAGGUCAAUGAGACGAUCAGACAUCCAAGGCCUUUAUGAACUGUUAGCUGAAAAUAAAUGGAAUAUGGAGAAAUCGUAUUUGGAAUGUGUUUUUAACACUGAUCCCACUGGGCUUGUGGUGGUAGUCAAAGAUGACGGAGAGAUAAUAGGACACAAUGGUAUACUUUCACACAGUGAGACAAUUGCAUCAUCCGGAAUGAAUAUUGUCAAGGAGGGUUACCGUGAAUUAGGUAUAGGUCAAAAAUUAUUCCGUAGAGUAAUGGAUGUAAUGGCAGAGAGGAAUGUCGGUGGCACAGCUUUAUCAAAUCGAAUUUCAUUUUAUCAUCAAUUCGGUUGGAAAAUUCAAUCAUUUACACUUCAUUACAGUAUGGGCAAAGUAAACAAAUCAUUUAUUAGUGAUGUUCCCAGCGGAGAUUUUGAGGUGGUAGCAUUGAAAGAUGUAAAUUUUAAAGACGUUGUAACGUAUGAUACCGAGUUACAUACAGUUCCUCGCCCAGUAUAUCUCACACAAUGGGCACUUCACAGUUCUGCUAAUGGAUAUGUUGCUUUAAAGAGUGGUCGUGUAGUAGGAUAUGGUGUAUUACGCCCAGCUGACGUUGGUCAUAAGAUGUUUCCAUUGUUUGCAGAUAACCCAAUUCUAGCAAAAGCAUUAUUUUGUCAUUUGGCGUCACAUAUUCCGGAAGGAGAGGACUUAAUUUUUGUACAUCCUAUUGAAAAUGAAUUGUCCAAUCAAUUUGUUGCGGCAAACGAAUUGACAUCAUAUUUGUCAAUGACUCGCCUCUACAACAAGUGGAACAUUCAGGUUGAUAUUAAUCGUGUGUACUCUACAUCUAGCACUGAAUAUGCUAUUGUUUGAGACUAAUGACUCCAUUAAUAUAAUUAUUGCAGUCAUGUUUUAAAAAAUAAAUUUUAAUAUUUA